UUAUGACGGUCGAUCGUCUAUGGUGUGAAAUAAAAUAAUGACUUCGAGCAGUUUUACCGGUAACAUUGAUUUUUGUCCCGAAUGUGGCACCAUCUUGCCACUUCCUGGCACAGAAAAUACCGUAACUUGUUACGUUUGUCGAUUUAGUAUCGAUGUAAAAGAAUUUGAUGGUCUCACAAUGACAUCUGAGGUUAUAUUUAAUGAUCGUGAGAAAGCUUUGAAAAACAGCAGGAAAAUUGUUGAAGAUAAAGCAUGUGGACCAUUGGUUGAUCGAAAAUGUUCAAAAUGUGGGCAUGAAGGAAUGACAUAUGCAACUUUACAAACAAGGUCUGCAGAUGAAGGACAAACUGUAUUUUAUUCUUGUCCAAAUUGCAAAUUUCAAGAG